CGCGGUUAAUGGCGAUGGCGAGACGGGUCCACAACAGGGUAUUACAAGGGGAGGAUUUGCAGUCUGGAAAUUCAAACCAAACAUCACACCGGGACCUGACAGAGUCGCCAAUUUACCAUAACCUGAAUAUCAUCACAUUUUGAACAUGGAAGGAAAAAACACCAUUCAGAGUGGGGAGAAACCAUGGAAAUGUGGAGACUGUGAGGAGGGAUUCAGAUCCCCGUCUGAACUGGAAGCUCAUUGGCGCAGUCACACUGGGGAGAGGCCGUUCUCCUGCCCUGAGUGUGGGAAGGGAUUCAAUCAGUCAUCCAACCUGCCGCAACACCAGAGAGCUCACACUGGGGAAAGGCCAUUCACCUGCUCCCAGUGUGGGAAGGGAUUCACUCAGUCAUCCCACUUAGUGAGACACCAGCGAGUUCAUAGUGGGGAGAGGCUGUUUACCUGCCCCGAUUGUGGGAAGGGAUUCACUCGAUCAUCAGGGCUGCUGACACACCAGCGAGUUCAUACUGGGGAGAGGCCGUUCACCUGCUCCCAGUGUGGAAAGGGAUUUGCUCAGUCAUCCAACCUGCUGAAACACCAGCGAGCUCACACUGAUGAGAGACCUUUUAAAUGCCCAGACUGUGGGAAGUGCUAUAAAAGUUCCCUGGAUCUGAUGCAUCAUCAACUUGUUCACACUGAUGAGAGACCAUUCAGGUGCUCUCACUGCGGGACUGGGUUCAGGCGAUCAGAAGAACUCACUGUACAUCAGCGAGUUCACACUGGGGAGAGGCCGUUCACCUGCUCCGAGUGUGGAAAGGGAUUCACUCAGUCAUCUGCACUUUUGACACACCAGCGGGCUCACACAAUGGAGAAACCGUGGAAGUGUAGGGACUGUGGGAAGGGAUUCCGGUCCCCAUCUGCACUGGAAAAUCAUCGACGCAGUCACACCAGGGAUAGACCAUUCACCUGCCCUGUUUGUGGGAAAGGAUUCACUCUCUCAGCCAACCUGCUGACACACAAGCGAAUUCACACCGGGGAGAGACCAUUCAUCUGCUUCAAGUGUGGGAAGGGAUUCACUCAGUCAUCUGCCCUGCGGAGACACCAGCGAGUUCACACUUGGCAGAGGCCGUUCACCUGCUCUGACUGUGGAAAGGCAUUUACUCAGUUAUCCAGCCUGAUGACACACCAGCGAAUUCACACUGGGGAGAGGCCAUUCGCCUGCUCUGACUGUGGGAAAGGAUUCACUCUGUUUUCCAACCUGCUGAAACACCAACGACUUCAAACCGGGGAGAGACCUUUCACUUGCUCUGAGUGUGGGAAGGGAUUCAAUCAGUCAACUAACUUGCUGACACACCAGCGAGUUCACACAGGGGAGAAACCGUUCACCUGCUCUGACUGUGGGAAGGGAUUCAUUCAUUCAGCUGCCUUGCAGACACAUGAGCAACUUCACACCAGGGAGAGACCAUUCACCUGCUCUGAAUGUGGGAAGGGAUUCAGUGAUUCAUCCAACCUGCUGAUGCACCAGCGAAUUCACACUGGGGGGAGGCCAUUCACCUGCUGUAGCUGCGGGAAGAGAUUCAGACAUUCAUCCACCCUGAAGUACCAGCAAGUUCGUGCUGAGGAGAGGCCAUUCAUCUGCUCCGCUUGUGGGAAGGGAUUCACUCAGUUAUCCAGCUGAUGAGACACAAGCGAGUUCACAGAUGAUUGCAGGGAUUCUGCUGUUAUUGCUGCUGUUAAUCACAUCCAGGACUGAACCAUGUUCAUUCUGACUGUUGGUGAAGUGGGAGAGUCAGAGGGUUUCUUUCUGCUGGGCUGGCUGGUCUCACGGCUUUGCUUCCAGUGGGCUGAUGCUCUUUGAGCCUGGGAGUGCACAUUCCCACUGAAAUGAGCCACAAAGCUGAUUAAGUACAUUUAUUAUAUCCUAAAUAGUAAAUAGUGUUUUUCCUACCGCUACUGAUAGAUCACAAAUAAAUACAUUUGUCACUGUUCCAUUGAGUCUACAGCAUGGGGCCAGGCCAGUCGGCUCAAUUGGUCUAUGUCAGUUUUUAUGCUCCACAUGAACCUCUGCUUCAUCUCCCCCCAUCAGCAUAUCUUUCUAUUCCUAUAUCCCUCGUGUAUGUAUCUAACCUCUGCUUAAAUGUAUUCAUGUUUUUCACCUCAACCACUCGCUGUGGUAGCAAGUUCCACAUUCUCACCACUUACUGGGUAAGGUUUGUUAUGAGAUCCUUAUUGGAUUAUUGAAUCCCUUCAUAAUCUUAAAGACUUCCAUCAGGUCAUCCUUCAGUCUUCUCUCUUUUUUCUGAAAAGUGUCAGUGAAGAAAAUGCUUUUAGUUCUGGUAUUGUUCUUUUUCUAAAUGGAGAUCACUAAUGUUGACAGUUCUCCCAGUUAGUCUAACCAUGGUUCGAAACAAGUUGAACAUAAACUCCCUGCUUUUCAAUUCUAUCCCUCGCGAAUGGAACACUAUAUAAGGACCACACAUUAAAGGAAAGAUGUGAAUUCUUUGAGAGGCUGGAGACAGGAUUUAUGAGAAUGGCACCAGGGAUGAGGGACUUCAGUUAGUUGGAGAGACUGGAGUAGAUGAAAUUCCUUUCUUUAGAUCAUAGAAUUAUGCAUUCGGCCUAUCAAUUGCAUGCCAGCUCUCCAGAGUGAACCAGUCAGUUCCAUUGCCCUGUUCCAUCCUCACGUCCUUAUAGUUUUAUUUGUCCACCCAAUUAUCUCCGCUUCUCUCACCCUCAUUGGAAGCAGAUUCCAGGUCAUGACCACUCACUUUAAAUACCUACAAGGCUCACAGAGCAAAGAGGGAGGCCAUUAUGCCCAUCUUGCUCAUGCUGGCUCUUUGAAAAACAACUCAAUUAAUCCAGUCACCCUGCAGUUUUCUUUUCCUUUCAAGAAUCUAUCCAGAUCCCCUUUUAAAGAUUGAAGUGAAUCUGCUUCUCGCAUCGUUUUCAGGCAGUACAUUCCAAAUCACAACAACUUGCUGUGUUUUAAAACAAAUAAUUCAGGAUAUUGUGUGUUUGAAGUUUCACAGAGUAUUCAAAAUGGUGUCAAAGAUGUGGUUAUUACACAAAAUUAAUGUUCAAUCUUUAUCAAUGAUUUUGACGAGGGGAUUGUGUGUAAUAUAUACAAUUUUCUGGACAAUUAUGAAACAAUACAUUUCUAUAGCACCUCUCAGGACCACAGGACCUCUUAAAGCAUUCUGCAGCCAAUGAAGUAGUUUUGAAGUUUCAUCAUUGUUGUAAUGUAUGAACUAUAGAUAGGGUAGUCAAAUUUCAUUUUAAAAAUCAAUCACUUUCAUCCUGUAUUCACUGUUAUAAGUAACAAGGUCAAGGAAGCCAUUUUAAACUCUUAACAUGUGGCUUCUUGAAACUUUUGCACAUUGUAUAACUUUUCUUUAUUAAAUAAAUAUUGGUUUUGUGUUAAUAGCCAGUCAUGAACCAGAUGAUUAUUCAGUAAUGAACCUUGAAUAAGUUAUCACUUAGUGAAUCAAUGUAAUAGAUAAUUAUUUUAUAAAGGGUGCAUCUGCAUUUUAAAAAUGAACACCAUAUAAACCUAUUUUUUUCUAGAAACUGCAGAGCUAGCAGAAAUUGUUUAAACAAACAAAUUAUUUUCUAAUUUUGAUAAGCUAUAGGACAUCAUAUUCUGCCAAAAUCCAGUUUAAGAAUAAGGCUCAUUGUUUAAUCAAUUCAAGAUGAGUAAAAAAGCUAUUGUUUUCCACAAACUGUCGUUUUGAACCACUGUAUCUUGUAUUAACCAAAUGUAUUGAUUAAAUAUUAUUGUAUUAACUAUCACUAACAGAUAUUUAAGUAGUGAGCCUUAAUUGAGUUACAAUUAAUGAAUCAAUAAUGAGUCAGUAGUUAUAGUAAAAGACUGAGUUUUAUUUACUGUAAAGAUGUGCAACCUUACUGCUGCGUACAUAAAGAAUGUGCAAUGAAGAUAAAUGUACUGGCAAGAGAGACCUCCAAGCUCUGAUUAGCCUCAAAAUUUGAAACUGUCUGAAAACCUGUCUGAUUGUGUAGAAUCAGAUAAAGGGAUUGUAUGAAACAGUUCCAUUGUAUUCCUGUCGAUGAUAAUGAGAGGAGGUUGUGUAAGUAAUUGUGAAUACAAUUAAUCUAGUAACUAAAUUGACCAAUUGUCAUGUUACAACAAGCCCCACACUGAUUCGAGGUAAUGGUCACUUUGGGGAUAAAAGGUCUUCCUUGCUAGCCAAGUACUAAAGAUUCCCAAGGCUGAGUUCCAAGGAAAUUACUGUCAAAGAAGGAGCCAGAGAGGGUGACGCUUCUACGGACUGAUCACCCACAUGAAGUUGUAAAAAGUUAAUGUCUUAAAAUUGUUAAGUAAACCUUUAUCUUAUAAUGUCUAGGGGACGCAAUGGUGUAGUGGUAUUGUCGCUGGACUAGUAAUCCAGAGACCCAGGGUAAUGCUUUGGGGACCAGGGUUUGAAUCCCACCAUGGCUGAUGAUGGAAUUUGAAUUCAAUAGGAAUCUGAGAUUAAAAGGCUGAUAAUGACUCAUGAAACCAUUGUCAGGGAAGGAAAUCUGCUGCCCUUACCUGGUCUGGCCUACAUGUGACUCCAGACUCUUAAAUGCCCCUCUGAACAAGGGCAAUUAGGGAUGGGCAAUAAAUGCUGGCCUGACCAGCAACACCCACAUCCCAUGAAUGAGUAAAAAAAGUUUUUUUUUUAAGUUUACUAUCCAGAGAAGUCUGCCUUUGCCUUAAUUGGUUAAAAUCUUGUUCGGACCAAAGUGAAUUUAUUAAGAGGCAAGCUGAAAUCAGUUGUUACAGAUCGCAAGAUCAGAUAAUAUAAAUCUUAAAUAUCAGAUAUUACAUUUAUAUAGCUUCUUUCACAACGACAAUACAUCACAAAACGCUUUUGAAGUAUAGUCACUGUUGUAAAGUUGGAAACAUGGAAGUUGACAUUUACACACCGCAAGAUCCCACAAACAUCAAUGUGAUAAUGAGCAGAUGAUCUGGUUUUAGUGAUGUUUAUUUAUAAAUAUUCGCCAGGACACCUGGGAUAGCUCCCCUGCUCUUCUUCAAAAUAUUGGCCAUGGGAACUUCCAUCUCCGCCCAAAGGGGCAGACAGGGCCCUUGAGUUAGCAACUCAUCCAAAGGGCAGCAGCUCCAACAGUGCAGCACUCCCACAGUGCUCGCACUUGGAAUGUUGACUUUGAUUUUUGUCCUCAGGUCCCUGGAGUAAGUCUUCAGCCCUCAGCCUUCUAACUCAGAGAUACGAGUGUGAUCCACUAAGCUUUGGCUGACACUAUAGACAAUACAAAGUUAGAAAGGAAAAGUUAUCCUUUAAAUUCCCCACAUUUUGCCUCUAGUGCCUAAAUCUAAUAAUCAAAACUCCAAUCUAAAUUACAUGUAUUUGACUGACAAAUGUUAGUGUUGGCUUACAGCCACAAGUUUUGAGCUCCCAUUUGAACCUCUGGCUCUUUUCUGUCUCUAUUGCUCAUGUCAAUGAUGGAGCUGAGGGCUGAAUUUAGUUGAAAAUAACAGGGUCUGUAAUGCAGUUAAGAAACUGCCAUGGGUGUUGACUAAUACGAAGAUGCUGGAAGGCUGACUGGGAAGUAGACCUCCAUCCAAUUGAGGAAGGAGUGGGGAGUGACCGGGGCUGAUGGUGACAUGACCCCUGGGGUUCAGUUCCCCUGUGUCCAAAGCGGGGAGUCAUGGGAACAGCGUACAGAGGAGCUGAAGAAAAAUCAUUUGGGUCCAGAAUAUUGUGCACAUCCUUUUACUCUGGUUGUCUUUGAUCCUUAAGUAAUUUUCUUCUUUUUAACCAUGUUCUGUUUCAUUAAUAAACUUUUAUCAGAAAA